GCUGUCAGGAAAGAUGGCGGUGUCCAGUGUGCGAACCGUGGGCUCGUUCCUCGGUAAAUGUGGGAAUUGCUGCUCCAGUAUAAACACAGUCACGUCGCAGCUGAGCCGGCAGGUCCUGAGCAGGCAGAUAUGUGUGAGCUCUGCCCUCCACCGAAAGAACCUGGCGGCUGCAGGACCGAAGAAGUACACGGCGGAGUAUAUUGAGAAGCAGGUGGAAGAGUUCAACAUCGGGAAACGGCACCUGGCCAACAUAAUGGGAGAAGACCCGGAGAACUUCACGCAGGAGGACAUAGAUAGGAGUAUCGCAUACCUCUUCCCCUCCAGCCUAUUUGACAAGAAAGCCCAGCCCCUCAUGAAGCAUCCAGAGGAAAUAUUUCCAAAGCAAAGAGCUGUCCAGUGGGGAGCAGACGGACGGCCUUUCCACUACCUGUUUUACACCGGCAAACAGUCCUACUACUCCCUGAUGCAUGAAAUGUACGACAAAAUCCAGAAGUUGGAGAAGUACCAAGACCAGCUGAGAGCCAAAGGACUCUUCACCGAGAAUGCCAAGCAGAUCUCUCUAGGCACAAGCCGGUGGCUCACAAAGGAGGAAGUGGAGACGUCGCUGGUGGAGACCAUCUCGACUCACGAUUACAAUCACUUCAUCCAGCUGAUGGAGCGCCUGCUGUCCAUGCCCUACUGCGCCACAGAGGAGGAGUUUGUCCUGCGUUACCGCCGGCAACUGGAGGCUCAGUCCAAGAGCCAAAUGGUGCCGUCUCUGGAGAGGGAUGACAGAGGCGUGGCCUUCAGCACAGCAGAGGGCCGUAGGAAGACAUCAAGCUCCUCUGUCGUUCUCCGAGACUGCGGCUCCGGGCGCGUCACCAUCAACGGCCGAGACUACAUCCACUACUUCUCCGUGCUACAGGACAGGGAGCAGCUGAUGUUCCCGCUUCAGUUCAUGGGCAUGCUGGGACGUUUCGACCUGGAGUGCACCGUGAGCGGCGGUGGCAGGUCCAGCCAGGCGGGGGCGCUGCGACUCGCCAUCUCUCGUGCCCUGCUCAGCUUCCUGGCAGAAGGGGACAUGGAGAUCAUGAGACAAGCUGGUCUGUUGACCCCUGACCCCAGAGUGAGGGAGAGGAAGAAGCCAGGACAGGAGGGAGCGAGAAGGAAAUUCACCUGGAAGAAACGCUGAGGGGGAAGGAGGAUGAUCUUACCUGAACUGGAAUAUGAAAUAUUCACACUGGUGUCUUCCUUAGUUUAUAACAACAACAAACCAAAUGUCUUCAUGCGCUCUCACACAGACGCCAUGUUUUCAGGAUGCAGCCCGGACUGAACAACAAGCUGCAGUGAGCGACCUCAGCCACCAGAUGGAAGCGUGUGUCAAGGAAUAAAUGAAAAAGUUAUAUAUGAUUAUCAAUAUAUGAGUCACUAAAUGAAGUUUUUCAUGUAAAAAUAUGGUUUUCUGUCCAUCUUUUUCUGUUUUUCCUUGUUUUGGUUAUUACUUGGAAAUUUAACCAUUUGACAUGUUUACUGCACAAUUCUGAUGCAUUUUAGUUUAACUUUAUUUAGACAUUUGGUCCGAUUUAGACUACACACCAGUGAAGUAAAAUUUUUUUGGCCAAAAUAAAGGAAUAAUGUAUAAAUUUGA